GACUGUGGCUGGGGUUUGAGAAGAGACCUCAGCACCUACCUGGCUACAGGAUGAAGCUGGCCACCAGCUCCUUGAUUCUGUGGCUCAGCCUGGGGGGAGGCCUGGCACAGAGCGACACCAGCCCCGAAGCAGAGGAGUCCUAUUCAAACUGGGGCCUUCGGCACAUCCGGGGCAGCUUUGAAUCUGUGAACAACUACUUCGAUUCCUUUCUGGAGCUGCUGGGAGGGAAAAAUGGAGUCUGUCAGUACAGGUGCCGAUAUGGAAAGGCACCAAUGCCCAGACCUGGCUACAAGCCUCAGGAGCCCAACGGCUGCAGCUCCUACUUCCUGGGUCUCAAGGUACCAGAAAGUAUGGACUUGGGCAUUCCAGCAAUGACCAAGUGCUGCAACCAGCUGGAUGCCUGUUAUGACACCUGCGGUGCCAACAAGUAUCGCUGUGAUGCAAAAUUCCGAUGGUGCCUCCACUCUAUUUGCUCUGACCUUAAGCGAAGUCUGGGCUUUGUCUCCAACGUGGCAACAUGUGAUUCUCUGGCUGAUACCGUGUUUAAUACUGUAUGGACCUUGGGCUGCCGACCCUUCAUGAAUAGUCAGCGGGCAGCCUGCAUCUGUGCAGAAGAGGAGAAAGAAGAGUUAUAAGGAAGAGGUGGUUCCUUUUUGGUUUUGAGUGACACCACAGCUGU